UUUGCCCGUUGCCGCCUCUAUGUCUGUGAUCUAACGUUUGCAAAUAUUUAACUUAAAAAUGAAUAGUUUGUAGUUUAACCAUGGGUAUUUAUUAUCAUAAUCUUAUUAUAUUGUAACUUCUGCUAUAGCACUGGCCAUUCAGUUUGAAACUAUAUUCAGACAGCCACACUAUGAAAACGGCUUUGAUGGUAGCAGAGAAGCCUUCUUUGGCUCUGUCUCUUUCCAAUAUUUUAAGUAAUGGAAAGAAUACUUCAAGGAAAGGAAGUAAUGGAGCUUGCUCAGUACAUGAAUGGCAAGGCCAGUUUAAAAAUGAACUGGUUAACUUCCGCAUGACUUCAGUAUGUGGACACGUCAUGAGUUUGGAUUUUAUAUCAAAAUACAACAACUGGGACAGAGUUGAUCCUGUGGAGCUGUUCUCCUGUCCGACAGAAAAGAAGGAGGCAGCAGCCAAGUUGAAGAUGCCUCUGUUCCUGGCUCAGGAGGCUCGUGGCUGUGACUAUCUCAUUUUGUGGCUCGAUUGUGACAAGGAGGGUGAGAAUAUCUGCUUUGAGGUCAUCUCUUGUGUGGAAGGCUCCAUGAGGAGAUCUCCGUAUUCUGACGGGGUGGUUUAUCGAGCACAUUUCUCUGCCAUCACGGAAAAAGACAUCAAGGCAGCAAUGGCCAACCUUGGUAAACCUAACGAGAAUGAGGCUCGCAGUGUGGACGCUCGACAAGAGUUGGAUCUGAGGAUAGGCUGUGCCUUCACACGCUACCAGACCAAGUUCUUCCAGGGUAAAUAUGGGGAUUUGGAUGCAUCGUUAAUAUCCUACGGACCAUGCCAAACACCUACCCUUGGCUUCUGUGUUCAACGGCAUGAUGAAAUACAGACGUUCAAGCCAGAAACCUACUGGUAUAUUCAGGUGAAUGUACAAACCGCAGAUGGGCGUGAAGUUACUCUGGACUGGGAUCGAGUGCGAUGUUUUGAAAAAGACACGACAAUGAUGUUUUUACAUCAUGUCAAAGAGCACACAUCAGCUUUGGUGUUGAGUGUGGUGACCAAGGAGAAGGCCAAACAGAGGCCGUUGGCUCUCAACACUGUAGAGCUGAUGAGAGUGGCCUCUAGUGGUCUGGGGAUGGGUCCUCACCAUGCCAUGCAGAUAGCAGAGAGACUGUACACCCAGGGCUACAUCAGCUACCCUCGUACAGAGACUACACACUACCCAGACAGUUUUGACCUUAUGAGUGUGUUGCACCAGCAGAAGUCGUCAUCAGAGUGGGGCACUGAGGUGCGGGCGGUGCUUGCAACGGGGCUCAAUAAGCCUCGGCGGGGCAAGGACGUAGGUGACCAUCCCCCUAUCACACCCAUGAAAGCAGCCUCUCGGUCUGAACUUGAUGGUGACGCUUGGAAACUCUAUGACUACAUUACCCGACACUUCAUUGCCACUAUGUCGCAGGACUGCCGGUACCUUAGUACCACGAUAACUUUCUCUAUUGGAACUGAGAAGUUCAGCACCACAGGAAAGACGUUGAUAGACCCGGGCUACACCGCUGUGAUGCAUUGGCAGGCUUUCUCUAAAGUAGAAACUGUGCCUACUUUUACAACAGGAGAGGAGGCCAACAUACAGGAUGUGAAGCUAGUGGAGUGCCAGACCAGUCCCCCAGACCUACUGACUGAAGCAGAGUUGAUCACUCUAAUGGAGAAGCAUGGUAUCGGCACAGACGCUUCCAUCCCUGUACACAUCAACAACAUCUGCCAACGCAACUAUGUGACGGUGGGCUCUGGCAGACGACUUGUACCUACCACGCUGGGCAUUGUGUUGGUACACGGCUACCAGAAGAUUGACCCAGAGCUAGUUCUGCCCACCAUGAGGUCUGCUGUGGAGGAACAACUCAAUCUGAUCGCUCAGGGACAAGUAGACUUUGAUGCAGUUCUGCGUCACACCGUAGAGAUAUUUAAACUCAAGUUCCUUUAUUUUGUAAAAAACAUUGACGGGAUGGACCAGUUGUUUGAGGUGUCAUUCUCACCCCUGGCGACCUCAGGCAAAGCUCAUUCAAGGUGUGGCAAGUGUCGGAGGUACAUGAAGUACAUACAGGCCAAGCCUGCUCGGCUGCACUGCUCACAUUGUGAUGAGACUUACAACCUACCACAAAACGGGAAUGUUCGCCCCUAUAAGGAGUUGAAAUGUCCUCUGGAUGACUUUGAGCUACUCUCGUGGUCUACUGGGGUGAGGGGCAAAUCAUUUCCACUCUGCCCUUACUGCUACAACCAUCCUCCCUUCAGGGAGAUGAAGAAAGGGUCAGGGUGUAACUCUUGCACCCACCCCACCUGUCCUCACUCUCUCAACAGUAAUGGACUGUCGGCCUGUGUGGAGUGCGAGACUGGAGUGUUAGUGCUAGACCCGGCCUCUGCACCGAGGUGGAAACUGGGCUGUAACAGAUGUGAUGUAAUAAUCCACCUGUUCGACGACGCAGCCAAAGUCAGUGUCAACGAGGAUGUGUGUGAGUGCGGAGCUCAAACUGUAGCUGUGGAAUACAAGCCUGAGAAGAGCAAGCUGCCAGAUGAGGCUACAGACAUGUCAGGAUGUGUGUUCUGCUCUCCUCAGUUCUCAACCCUGGUAGAGAAACACCGAGCAGUCGCCAGCAAACCAGUGACCGCAGGGCGGGGUAGAGGUGGCAGAGGACGGAGCCGGGGCAAACCUCGCCCUCCCAAGGAUAAGAUGGCACAACUUGCGGCUUACUUUGUCUAGAGUUACUAGCUCUUCUACGACUACAGUAUGCCACCGCAGUUAGGCUUAUGUUAGUAUUGAAGCUGAAGCUUUGCAAAGGUAAUUAUUGUUUAGAAGCAAUACAUUACUGCCAAUUAUUGUUGUCAAAUUAAUAACAGGUUACAGGUUACAGGUGAUUAGAAAUAUACAUUUUGGCAUCUUUAUUUGAAUCCUUCCUUUAUGAUCAAUAUUCUUCUACAGUAUAAGGUGUGUUGUAAUGAAUAAGGUGUCGGAGGGAGAGGUUAGAUCCAUGUGAUAUGCACAAACGUUUAAGGGGUGAGGACCAUUUGCCCUCUAAAGCUUUUAAGUGUCUUUCAUGAAGAAUACUGCAAUACUAGUAUGGGUACUAAAAAGACUGUAAUAUAAUACUCACUGACUAUUAAUUGAAUGUUAACCCUGAGAGAUCCAAAAGACUAUUUCAGGUUGUCUUAAUCAGUCGGGGAUGAAUCUGUCCUCUAUGCCGCUCAGAUGGUCUGUGGUACUAGGUACUACCCAACACCAAAAUUUUGAAGCCAAAAUAAAACUUUUUUUACAAAGUUUUUAAAGAAUUUUCAAUAGGAAAUAAGCUAUUACCGUCUUAUUGUAAGACCUCGACUCGUGACAAAUUAAUUUUUUUGUUAUGAGAUCCCCGAAGGCUAAAACUAAUUGUUGUACCACAUGUUCAAAUUCAUAUCUAUAUAUGUGUCCGUUAAGUUACCAUGAUAACGCGAGCAAACAUGAUCAUAUUUUGAUGAAAUUUUGUACAAACGUGUAAACCUAUGCUUCUUUUAACGAGUUUGCAAACCAGCAUGAUCAGAUUAAGGGGAUGGAGGUUUAUGGGUUAAUAAUUAGUUUUCUCAUUAAUAAAAUAAAAAAAAAAACUGUUAAUUUAAAAUUCCCAUACUAUACGUAAACUGUUAUAGUUUGCAUUUGGAAAAUCUAUAUAUUUCAUACUAGACUAUCAACAUUUUGCAAGAAAAAAAACUUCUUUAUUCUCUGUAACAGCAGACCUAAGUACCCAUUAAACUAAUGUUAUUUAAAUUGGGAAUAAAUUACAUUUUUAAGGAGAUAUUUUAGUGAAAAUAGAUCAUGCGAAUAUAAAUUCCCUUAGACUGCAGGUUUGCAGCGGCAGGGUUAUUUUAUAACAUACCUAGUGAGCGACUGUAAAACUAAAUUAAUUAAAGAUUUAAAAUACAAAAAUCGUGUACAUUUCAAGUUGUCUGAAUUUUUUGAUAGAGGGGUAUACAGUAGAGGUUCACUACUUCCCUAAUCCUCCAAAGUUACGUACGGACUCUGGCAGUGCCGGAUUAUUGUAAACUCCAGCGACUCUGCCGAACGUGCUAAUAUGGCUGGAAUCACCAUUCAAAAAAAUUUUUAGACCUUUAGCUCGUGGCCGGAUUAUUGAAAGUGCCUGACCAUCGGAUGCCAGAUAGCGGUCUUUUAUUGUACCAUUAUAUAUUAGGCCUACAGUGAAAUGUACAAUGUGACACAAGGAUUUAACUGUACAAUAUUGUUUAUUAGCAAGAUUAUUUUCUUUGGCAGCAGACAAAUAUUAAUUUUACAGUGUGAUAAGAAAAAUAUACAACUGUUGUCCUCGUCUACAGCAGACUCAUUCUUGUCCUUUUGUGAAUACAAUUUUACAUGUUAAUCACACCAGUGUUAUAGCAUACUAUUGAUGUUUGAAUUAGUAAAAAAAUGUAUAUCCUAUCCUAUUUAAUCAAGUAUUAAUUAAAUAAAUUGUACUACAUUAUGUAACAAUUUCAUAUUUAGCAAAUAUGGUUACAUUAGUUCACUCAGUGACAAAUGAAUCAUCAUGACAUAACAUACGAGUGAUAUGACAUAACAUACAAGUGAUUUUUUGCAGAGGUUUUUUUAUUUGAAUGAAAUAGAAGUUUGUUAACUAUUUCAUCAGUAUUGUUGUGUUAAAUUAUAUUAUUUUAUGAAUGUAAAUAAUUUAAUUAUUAAUUUGAGUUUUAAAGUUAUUGUACUUCUAAUUGGCUUAGUUCAACAUUAAUACUGUCAUAUUAUUGAAACACAAUAAUAACAUUGUUUAUUUUUGAAAUUUUCACUUU